AUGGAAGGACAUUUAUAAUAAUUGCUAUCAGAAUUGAAACAAAUCAAGAUUGUAAUUCGUAGUUGGGACUCUUUUCCAAAUAGAGGUCCAUAUGGCAUUCACUUAAUAAUAGAUGAUAUGGAUAUACAUCAUCAUGUUCUAUUACAUUAAUAACUUAUAAUCCUUUUACAGAGAGAAAGAUAAGGGAGAGAUCCAAUUAAUAACCUAAGAUUGGUCAAACUACAUUGGUGUUACAAGAGGAAGAAAAAAGCUAUUUCGAAAGACAAAGAAAGGGAAGAGGAAUUAAUCGAGUGAUAAAUGUAGUGAGAUUUUCACAUGUUAGAAAAACACCAGAAAGAAUAGAGUAAAGGGAACAAAACUAUAGUAGAAGAGAAGAUGUCAGAUGCAGAUUCAGUUAGAAGUCAACCAAUGAUCAGUAAAAAUGAAAAUAAAUCCGCAAGGUGGAGUCGCCUUUAAACAGAAGAGUGCAGUAGAAACAGAAUUAAUCUGAAGCAAGAGGAGUAGAAAAAAUCUUUGAUGAGAUUAAUACGGCUUUUAUAAAAGCUUGAAAAGACAUAAUUAUUGAUUCUGGGUAAUGUAUUCCUAAACUGGGUAGGGACCUUUGUUGAAGAAUACGGUUAAUAAUCUAAGAAAUGCUUUGUUUAUGGAAAUCAAAUAAAAGAUAAUUAGAAUAUUCAACUUCAAGGAACUACCAAAUGAUGUUAUUGGAAGCCUGGAAGAAGAGGUAUGGGGUCUUCCUUCUGCUGUUGGUUUUUAUAUCCAACAUCGAAAUUUUAGGUCUUUUUUAGAAAUUACAAUAACCCUUGUAUUUUGGUAAAAUGAAUCGGUGUAAAGCAAGGAGGAAUAAGUAAUUAGAAGAAAAUUAAUGAAGAUGAAUUGAAAGCAUUUUGGAAAAGAUUAUUAAACACCUUUAUUAUUCUUCGCCUAUUUCAACCCCUUUUCAUUGGAAUAGCCGAUUUCAUCGUCUUUCCCAAUAGGGAAUCGUCAAAAUUGUAUUAUUUCUAACAGCCUAGACCUUACUACUGGAGUCAUAUAGGGAGACAGUUAUAGCCAGUCUUGACCAAAC